UCAACGAGUAUACACCAAUAAACAUCAACUUAUAAACAACUCUGCUACUGCGCAUCGUGUCGUAUUCUUGCGCGGAAGAAUGGUCUUGCAUCACGGAUAUCCUGCGUAAGGCGCACCGGCAACUCUCGAUGUAAGGGCGCACGAAGCAAGAACCCACGGCGGUGAAAUCCGAGUGUCGGCGCAAGAAACGAUGAACGAAUCGGGACGAGCCGGGAACGAAGCGGCGCGAUAAUAAUAAUAUGUGGACGACGCGGCCACGGACCAAACGAAAGUGGCGACAAUCGUCGACCCGGUCGUGCAGAGAACGUGACAAUCGGUGGAAUCGCCGUCGGGACGGCUUCCGCAUCAUCUACUCGGUAAUAUUGGCGGCUUGCAUGGCGACACAGGAGGCGAGGGGCGCCAAGUGUCCGCCACCGGACACAAUACCCGGCUGCCCGUGUUACAACUUCGAGAACGGCGGUCUGUUCCUGGAAUGCGCAGGUGCCACCGAGGAGUCCCUCAGGAACGCUUUGUCCGGCGUGAUACAUGCCACCGGCGGGGAAGGGGCGCUCGUUCAGUCAUUGAGCGUGUACGAAUUGGAUCGAAAAGUGGAGGAACUUCGUGCUGUUGCUUUCCCGGCGGGCUCGCAAAUUAGGCAUCUACAAAUAUCGCAUUCCGCGAUUCGCGAAAUAACUGAGGAUGCUUUCGAGCGAUUAAGCAAAAGCCUGGAAUCCUUGGCACUCGUAUCCGGCCGACUACCUCACGUACCUCAAAAGGCCAUGGCCACGCUAAGCCUACUCAAAGCGCUGGACCUCGAGGCCAACCUCGUUCACGAGCUGCCGAGCUUCAGUUUCUACGGGCUCUCGUUAAUUAAACUGAAUCUGAAGGGUAAUCAAAUCAUGAAAAUUUCCGAGUACGCCUUUGCCGGACUCGAGGGCUCUUUAAAGGAUCUGGAUCUGGCGGAGAACAAGAUCAGAGUAUUCCCCAUGACGUCCUUAAGAAGAUUAGAACAUCUCACGUCGCUGCGUCUCGCGUGGAAUGAGGUAUCCCAGCUCCCGGAGGACGGCUAUUCCAGGCUGGACGCCUUAAACUUCCUCGAUCUCAGUAGCAACAAUUUCAAGGACAUUCCGCUCAAUUGCUUCCGCUGCUGUCCGUCCCUGAAGACUCUAUCCCUCUAUUACAACGCGGUCGAGUCGGUCGACAAGGAUGCCUUUAUAUCGCUGAUCGAUCUCGAAUCGAUAGACCUCAGCCACAACAAGAUCGUGUUCCUUGACGUAGCUACCUUCCGUGCCAAUCAAAAGCUCAGGUCGAUCGAUCUCAGCCACAAUCACAUACACUAUAUCCGGGGCGUAUUCUCGCGGCUGCCCGAAUUGAAGGAGCUCUUCCUGGCAGAAAAUAACAUUCUCGAGAUACCGGCGGAGACGUUUGCCGGCAGCACGAGCCUCUCGGUCGUGUACCUCCAGCAGAAUGCCAUCCGGAGGAUCGAUGCGCGCGGUCUGGUGACGCUCGGCCAAUUGGCGCAGCUGCAUUUGAGCGGAAAUUACAUCGAGAAGGUGCCGCGUGACUUCCUCGAGCAUUGCGAGAAUCUCUCCACGCUGUCGUUGGACGGUAAUAGUAUCCGCGAGCUUGAAGUCGGCACGUUCGCCAAGGCGAAGCAGCUGCGCGAGCUACGGCUGCAGGACAAUCAGAUCACCGAGGUGAAGCGCGGCGUGUUCGCGCCGCUACCGUCGCUCCUCGAGCUGCAUCCAAACAACGCCAUCACGGACAUGGAGACCGGCGCGCUGAGAUCUCUGCACAGUCUGCAACACGUAAAUCUGCAGGGUAACCUUCUGGCGGUGCUGGGCGAUGUGUUCCAAGUGUCGAACGACGUCGGUCAGAGCGAAAACAGCGGCAGUUCCCUCGUCUCUAUUCAGCUAGACAACAAUGGUCUCGGCGUCCUGCACAAUGACUCAUUAAGGGGUCAAGCCUCGGUCAGGAUCAUGUGGCUUGGACACAAUAGGCUGACGCGUCUUCAAGCUCCAUUGUUUCGAGACCUGUUGCUGGUUGAGCGACUGUAUCUCACGAAUAAUUCCAUCUCGCGCAUCGAAGACACCGCCUUCAAGCCAAUGCAGGCGCUCAAGUUCCUGGAGCUUAGCAUGAACCGGCUGAGUCACGUAACCGUGAAGACAUUCUCGGAGCUACACGAGCUCGAGGAACUUUACUUGCAAGAUAACGGUCUGCGCCGUCUGGAUCCUUACGCUUUAACGGCUUUGAAGAGACUGCGCGUUCUCGACCUCGCCAACAAUCACUUAAAUGUGCUGCACGAUAAAAUCUUCCAGGAAGGACUGCCGAUCAGAACGCUCAAUCUGAAGAACUGCACCGUCAGUGUGAUCGAAAACGGUGCCUUCCGCGGACUAAACAAUCUCUACGAACUGAAUCUCGAGCAUAAUCAUUUCACUGCCACGGCGUUAGACCGCCUAGACAUACCGGGGCUAAGAGUUUUGAGAAUAUCGUACAACAAUUUUAGUCAGAUCAACGCGAACUCGUUGGACGGCCUACCGUCCCUUCAGCAUCUGGCGAUGGAUUCGUCGCAGAUCAACCGGAUGCCAGCCGAGAUUUUCGCGAAAAACAAGAAUCUUGCGAAACUGCUGCUCAGCAACAAUUUGCUCAAGAUGCUGCCGGCGAUGUUGUUCUUAGGCCUCGAGGCGCUCAAGGAGAUCAAACUUGACGGCAAUAGGUUCCAGCAAGUUCCGUACGAUGUGUUUGCGAACGCGAGCACGGUGGAGUUCCUCUCGCUGGCCAACAACGCUCUCAUUCAGGUGGAUAUGUCGCGAUUGUGCGGAUUGACGAGUCUGCGGGAGCUCGAUCUACGCGGCAACUACAUCUCAUCUCUCACCGGCUUCGCCACCGUCAACUUUUCUCGCCUCAUAUCCGUGGACUUGAGUCACAAUCAUUUAACGGCGCUCCCGGCGAAUUUCUUCGCCCGCUCGAACAUGCUGCGAAAGAUCGAACUGGCGGCCAACAAGUUUCGUCAGAUACCAGCUGUGGCACUCACGGCGCAAAAUAUACCUGGUCUCACCUGGCUGAACGUCACCGCCAAUCCUCUCAUGCGAAUACACGAGAUCAGCUCAGAAGCGAAAUAUCCGGCUCUGCAGGAAAUUCACAUUUCCGGAACGAAUUUGACGAUAGUCACCAGCCAAGACUUUGAGGCGUUUCCCGCGCUGAUGCAUCUCUUCAUGGGUAACAACAUGAUCUCCAGGGUAUCCCCCAGCGCUUUUCGAAGUCUUCCGAAUUUGCUAACGCUGGAUCUCAGCGUGAACGAGCUGGAGCUGCUACCGCAGGAGAGGCUGAAGGGACUGGAGCACCUUCGAUUGCUCAAUCUCACGCACAAUCGUCUGAAAGAGCUCGAGGACUUCCCGCCUGACCUGAAGGCUUUGCAAGUGCUCGAUCUUUCGUACAAUCAGAUAAGCGGAGUGGGAAAGAGCACGUUCCAACACCUGGAGAAUCUAGCCGAGCUGCAUCUCUACGGCAACUGGAUAUCGUCGAUCUCGCCGGACGCGUUCAAGCCGCUGAAGAAGCUCAGGAUUUUAGAUCUAAGUAGGAACUUCUUAGCGAACUUACCGCUGAAUGCCUUUCGACCUCUCGAAACGCAAAUACGGAGUCUACGGGCUGAGGAAAACCCACUGCACUGCGACUGCGAGUCUCAGGAGCUUUGGGAAUGGCUGCGCGAUCAUCAGAAACUGGUCGGCGGCGGGAUGAGCCGGAAUCGCGGGGGCGGACUGAGGGUGAAUGACAUGGACGGCGGUCUGCUGCGGUGCGAGCAGCCGCCGGAGCUGCGCGGUCUCGUGUUCCUGGAUCUGGAUCCGCAUGCCUUUUGCUCCGCGCCGCUGGUCUUGAAACUGGCGAUCCAGGAUAUCCAGCCGUUCUCCGUUCUGGUGUCGUGGCAGAGCAGGAAUCACUCCGGCUUGCGCGGCUAUCAGGUGGCCUAUCACGCUCUGGACAACGUUGACGAGGUACGUGCCAAAAUACUCGAGCCCAGCGCGCGCUCGGUGAAACUGUCGAAGAUGUCGUCGAGCACGCGCUACCUGAUCUGCGUGUUCGGUCUCGGUAAUUGGAUGACGUCGCGAUCGCCGGAGGACAGCCCGAUGGAGCAGCUGAACUUCACGCAGAUCGAGAUACUCGCAUCCACGCCGAGCACGCAGACGGACUCGCCGACCAGCCGUUGCACAGAGGUGAAGACGCUGGACGCGCCGGACGCGAUAAUCAGCAGCGACGGCUCGGCGAUGGGCGACGUCGGCAGCGUCAGCAGCUUCCUGACGAGACGGCUCGGCCUGAUAGUUGGCUGCUGCAUGGGCUUUAUCGUCUUCCUGCUGCUUGUCUCCGUGCUCGGCUAUCUGAAGGUGAAGAAGCAGCGGGAAGCGGUGAAGAGGGAGCAGCAACCGAUACCGCCCGAGUACAUAUCGUACAGGCAUUUUAGCAUACAAAGCGGCGAGGCCGGCCACGCCGCCGUUCGGCAAACCAGCCAGGACGGCCAGCACUCCAACUUCAUCAACAACACCACGCUGAACGUAUGAGAAAAGCCGCGGAACUCCCGACUCGUGGAGGUUUCGAACGUGUAAGCAGAGUCGAUUCGUACGACAAUCUCGUCGAUUCGAGUGUGCUAACCGAUUCGAAGGGCUCCCGAAUUGCGGAAGUUUCGUGUUUACCCGCCAAACGAUCCCGUUAAACGGACAAUCCUGUGUCGAAUUUUGUCGACGUCGAACUGUCUUGCGAACUGAGAAACUGCCAUAAUUAGCGGUGCUGUGCGCUCGAGUGACACGCACGGAGAGUGCUGCAGUUGAUUCGGUCGAGUGCUCGAGACGAGCGUUCUCGAUCGUUGUUGUUCACCUCCCCCCCCCCCGCC